GCUCUUCUUCUUCUUCUUCUUCUCGUGCUGCCUCCAUCAUCAACGAACUUUCUCCCGCGGGCUUUGUGUUGAUUAGCUCGGGCACAGCUCGAGCUCCAUCGCUCUGUCGUCGCAGUUCCAGGAGAGCGGGUCUCGGUGCGGGUGAUCGUCGUCGGCCACUUCGGGGAGAGCUGAUUUCGGAGAUUUGGUGAUUUAUUCCUCGUCUUUCGUCCGCACCGAACCAUGGCUAACCCCGCCGCCACCAUCACCAAUGUCUGCGAGUUCGAGGAGGUCGCUAAGCAGAAAUUGCCCAAGAUGGUCUACGACUACUACGCUUCGGGUGCCGAGGACCAAUGGACUUUGAAGGAGAACCGUCACGCCUUCGAGCGCAUCAGGUUCCGCCCUCGCAUUCUGAUCGACGUGACGAAUGUGGACACAUCGACCACCAUCCUCGGACACAAGGUGUCGAUGCCCAUCAUGGUCGCACCAACAGCCAUGCAGAGAAUGGCUCACCCCGAAGGUGAGCUCGCCACAGCCAGAGCCGUCGCGUCGCACGACACCAUCAUGACCUUGUCGUCGUGGGCUACCAGCAGCGUGGAGGAGGUCGCCAGCACCGGACCGGGCAUUCGAUUCUUCCAGCUCUACGUGUACAAGGACCGCAAUGUGGUGGCGCAGCUCGUCCGCCGGGCGGAAAAGGCCGGGUUCACGGCGAUCGCACUCACGGUCGACACUCCGAUUCUCGGUCGCCGUGAAGCGGACAUCAAGAACAGGUUUUCGCUUCCGCCGCAUCUGACGCUGAAGAACUUCGAGGGUCUGGACCUCGGACAGAUGGAGAAAACCCAGGACUCCGGUCUUGCGUCCUACGUGGCCGGUCAGAUCGACAAGUCGCUGAGCUGGAAGGACGUCAAGUGGCUGCAAUCCAUCACCAGCAUGCCCAUCCUCGUCAAGGGUGUGAUCACCGCCGAGGACACCAAGCUGGCCAUCCAAUGCGGCUGCGCCGGGAUCAUCGUCUCGAACCACGGCGCCAGACAGCUCGACUACGUACCCGCCACCAUCUCUGCUCUGGAGGAGGUCGUGAAGGCCGCCGCCGGCAAAGUGCCCGUGUUCUUGGACGGAGGUGUCCGCCGAGGCACGGACGCACUGAAGGCCCUUGCGCUGGGAGCGUCCGGAGUCUUCGUCGGGAGACCCGUUCUGUGGGGGCUCGCCUCGGAGGGAGAGGCGGGAGUGAAGAAAGUUUUGCAGAUGCUGAGGGAGGAAUUCCAGCUGGCCAUGGCCUUGGCCGGAGCGACGAAAGUGAGCGAAAUCACGCGCUCUCACGUCCAGACCGAGCAGGAGAGGAUGGCGCAAUUGCCCAACACGAUCACAUACUCCAGGUUGUGAUCCUCUCGACACGCACGGGACGAAACCAAUCAUCGGAUUCGCACUUUUUCUCUUCUUAAGAUUUGGCGAUUUCUCUGGGCGCUUCCUCCUGUUUGAAUUGUACAGAGGAAAGAUGAAGUCUUGCUUGCGACGGAUAUGGACUAAGAGAUAUCACAGUGCUAGGCUCAGCCAUGGCCGUCGCUCGCCGCAUAUGUAGUCGGGCAUUUGAGGUCACUGGAAACGUGCAUCUCAUGGUGUUAUUAGACGGCAACAGGCAAACGUAGUUGUGCAGUAAAUAGCGGUGUCCAUGAAGAUCUUACGUUAGGCACUACAAGUUGUUGUCGUAACGCUGUUAUUUACAGUAGAUGCGGUAGUAGACGCCUAGACCGCUAGACAUAUCUUUCAAAUGUACUUGUAGCAUAUACUGACCUUCAGGGAUUUAAUUCUACGACCCCUCCUGGCUAAGUGUUCCUUGAAACGACGACCACUCCCUUUCGCAAAUUCAGCUGCCUUUCCUCGAUUUUCUCCC